AUGGACUUCCUCGUCCUUGUCCCAAUCAGCAAGCCAUCCCCCGAGCCUCGCGUCUGCAAGCUUCCACACGCCCGACCCAGGCUUGGCUGGGCUGGGUCUUCGGUGGAUCGUUAUGUUGCUGCCGCUGCCAGUGCCCUCGCCAACAACGAGGCGCUCACACCUGAGUUCUGA